AUGCUGCCUCAAGAGCCGCUGCAAGCGGGCUCGCCGCACACGACGCUCUCCCGGUCCUACUACCCGACUGGCAAUGCGCCCUUUGCGCAUGCCACCAUCCUUACCGGACAACCGGCCUCACAGCUUGAUGACGUGCGGAUAUCAAGAUACAACAACACUCUCGGCUCGACGGCCAAGGGCAUCAUGAUAGGCAUAUUCUCCGUGCUGGGCGCUGCGGGCGUGUGCCUUAUCAUUGCCGCCAUUGUUUACUACUUCCGCUACACCAACACAGGACGCAUCUUCCUCGACCGGAUAACGCGGCCGGGUGAAUAUGACGACGAACAACAGUUUGCCAAGGAGGAGGCCGAGGCGCUAGAGGAUAUGGACGACCUGCAAAGAACAGAGUACAUGAGAGCGAAAGCUUUUGUGCAAGCAAACCCACCCGAAUCCGUUCAAACCGACAUAUCACUAUCGCAAUUCUUGGCUAUACAAGAGAAGGGAGUGUCUGCAUGGGAAUUUGAGCCCGAACUGGAGAUCGCCAACUGCUUUGUCGAAGGCCGCACGGAAAUCGAGUUUUUCGAUUCGGAGUGCAGCGUCCAGAGCAACCUCCCGAUACCGAAGCAGAACGAAGUCUACUACUGGGAAGCCAAGGUCUACGAGAAGCCCGAAAACACUAGCAUUGCGAUAGGCGUCACAACGAAGCCGUACCCGUUGUUCAGACUACCAGGAUACCACAAAGCCUCGAUAUCGUACAUGUCCAACGGAAACCGCCGAUACAACCAGCCCUUCCAACCCUCCGCUUACGGUCCAUCUUACGUGCAAGGAGAUGUCAUUGGUGUUGGAUACAGACCUCGAACAGGAACAAUCUUCUUCACGCGAAACGGAAAGAAACUCGACGACGUCGCUCACGGACUCAAGACACAAAACUUCUUCCCCACCGUAGGCGCAAACGGCCCAUGCCAAGUUCACGUCAACUUCGGCCAAAUGGGCUUCGUCUUCAUCGAAGCCAACGUCAAAAAAUGGGGUCUAGCCCCUCAAACCGGCAGCCUCGCACCCCCACCCCCCUACGGCAGCGAACAAGGAUCCAUACUCCUUGACUCCGGCCGCGAAGGCAUAAGAGAAGGCAUGGGUGGAAGCUACAUCCAAGCCGGUUUCGGUCACGGCCGCUCCAGCAGCCAGCAAAUGCGUCUCGGACGCCAAGUACCGACGAGCCCCGGCCCGCAACGCAGUCCAACCGACAUCUCAUUAGCCGCCCUUAGUCUGGUCGAUUCUAACGAAGAUGUUGGUGAAGGGACUAGCCACGAUGAUCACGCGACGACCACAAUCCCCGUAGACCAACGUCAAGGUCUUGGACUUCUGUCACCUGGCGAACUCCCUCCGGAAUACAGUAGUCCUGUCGGCUCGCCCAACUUGCGCAACACGGCCGAUCACGAACGAAACGGAUACUGGGACGAGCGAGCACCGCUCCUACAGAACCAGCAGCAGUCUGGCGAAAGAAGUCCACCUGUCCCGAGCUAUGAUGCCGCGAUGGCUGAUACACCUGAGAUACGGCGUCCUGCUAUCAGAGUGAGGAGCGCGACGGAAGCUGGUGUCAGGCCGCGUGGACCCCGCUGA